AUAUUUGUCUUGAACUCUUGAUUUUAUAUUUUUAACCUAGUUAUCAAAGGUUAUAGUGUUUAAGUGGAUUCAUAUUUAAGUACACUCCAAUACAGUGUACCUUUCAAUUUCCAAUUAAAAUGGAUUUCAAAAUGCAUGAAUACACCCAUGUUAUCGUUAGUAAAUCAUCGCCGCGACUAGACCGGGCCGAUAUUAAUGACUCAAGACGCCAAUACGAUUGCUAUAUAAGACUACUGAGUGAAUUAAAUUUGGAAAUAAUUGAAAUCGAAGCUGGUUCAUCAUUCCCUGAGGCUGUCGUAUUGGAAGACAUUGCACUUGUGUGCCAUGGCAUAGCUUUGCUUCUCAAACCAAAAACGGGACAGGAACAGUUAGUAAAAUCUGUAAAACAAACUCUCGAAGAUGACCUUGGCCAAACAGUAAUUGAAUUGUCUGACCCGGAUGCUAAGUUGCUGGGAUCUGAUGUCUUGUUCACAGGUCGUGAGUUUUUUGUGGGUAUUUGUGAAACAACCAAUGAAGCUGGUGCAAGUGCAGUGGCAGCGGCUUUUCCUGAAUUUCCAUGUACACCUAUCAAGGUUACAAAAGGUGCACAGCAUUUGAAGAAAUACAUAACAGUUGCUGGACCGGAUAUUUUAUGUGUAGCAGCGAGCAAGGAAGCAAAGGAGUUGUUGAAACGGAUGGAAAGGGAAGCAAGUUUCUCAUAUCAGACACUCACAGUGCCUGAAGAGGAAGCAGCCAAUUGUCUAUAUGCCAAUGGUACAUUGAUACACAGAGCUAUCGAGGAGAUACCGCAGUCGUUUAAGGUGUUUUGUGAGAAAAUUGAUUUCUCCCGCCGAUCGAUAUGUUUCUCCGAGCUGUCGAAGAUAUCGUCAGGGCUUAGUGCUUGCUGCUUGCUGUUAAGAAAGCCAUUUACAACAUAAAUUAUCCACUAUUUGGCUGGUUUGGGAAUUAUUUAUCUUUUAUGCGAUACGUUUAACUUAUUACGUUACCAGUCUUUAACAGUUUCAGCGAGAGAAGUUGUUUAAAAGUAACUUUUUUUUAUUUCAUCAAAAUGUAAUCAUCACACAUAGAUUAAUAAUAAUUUAUAUUCUACUUUUACCACAUUAAAAUCCAAACAAAUGUUUACCUACAGGUAAAGAUAACUUAUUAAAAAAGAAUUUCAUAAACACCAUACCUGUUUUUAUCAAACAUUAAUAUUGCGGUUAGAUUAAACGUUUUAUUACCAAAUACAAAUAUAUUGUGGAUAAUCUGAUGAAAAAUUUAUUACAUUUUUAUAAUUUAAAUUCUUAAGAGAUAAAUGGCGUUUUAACUCCCAUGAUUAUGGCAACACAGAGGUUGUGCUUAAAUAAAGUUAAUCAUUUAUAGUUAAAAUGUAAUGUUUUCAACGUCUCUUAUAACUCAAACUCAAAAUAACUUUAUUAAUAUAGGUAACCAAGUACAAUUAUGAAUGUUAACAGAAAAGUUGAAUUGAUUCUAAAUUAGAUAUAGUAGUAAACCAGUAGAGUAGAGUUUACAUUGUAUAAAAUUUAUUUUAAAUUAUUGAACUUUAAAAGUACCAGUCUUCUUACAAUUUAUUCCUUAACAAAAGGCUAAACACGUGUUCAUAUUAUAGGAUAAUCUAUUUAAAUGCUGUUUUCGGCUUUGGUAAUCUUAAUGCAAAAGUGUAAAAAUAGUGAUUUAUUCGCUAUAAUGCAUUUUUCCCUGUAUAACGGAAAAUACUUUUAUUUACAAUUGAAAUCAUAAUACCCAAGUACCUCAUUUUUAGUUGUAGUACUUUAGCCAUUCCCUAAGUCUUAAGACUGAUUUUUUAAUCUCUCUAUGAUAAAAUAUGUUAUAAUGAACAAAAUAUCUCUUAACCAGCCCCAGUACCUUCAUUCCAAAAUAUUUAAAUAUUGAGUACCAUCCAUUGAAGUUAUUAAAAUACCAUAAAAAUUGUAGUAAAAAAAAACUCUCAAACAAACGUGUGCACCCACCAGUGUUAGUUACUAAGUUGGCCUUUUAUGACAAUAUUUUAUUUUCUUAUUUUUAAUAAAAUUCAUAUAAAUUAAACAAUUAUAAAAAUUUAAAAAAAAAGUACGAAUUCUAUAUGUGCAUAUUAAAGUAUUUGGAAUUAAUUUGACCAAUAUAAACAGUUUUUAAGUGGUACAAAUAAAUACUUUGAAGGAAUGAAAUUUUAUCAUUCCUUUUUGUAUCCAUCGCACAAAAUUAAUAAAUAAUGUUUAAUACUUAAAGAAAUCUCAUAUGAGAUUCAGACUUCCGUAUAUUAUAUUAUUAGUAUUAUUAUAUCCAAUACGAACGUAUAGGUACUCGAUUCUGAAUCUUACCAUCUCUGCUUAUUCUUAAGUGAUUUUAUUAAUAUGCUAAACGCACAAAUUAAUAUAUUUGAAACCUUUAUAUUUAACGGUCGUUAUCGAAUCUCGAAUAGUUGGAUUUGCAAAGCAUCAAAUAGAGGAAAAGGAUCUUAAAUCUAAUGAGGCUUAUAUAUAUUUACCCUGUAGAUAACAGUGUGUAAUAAGACCGCUUUGAUAACGUAAAAUGGUUUGUUUUAUUCGGUCAGAAUAUAAACUGUUCUUGACAAUAAUUUAAAUUACUUUUUUAAUUUCUACAUACAUUGUAAAAGGAAGAGGAUUAACACCCGACAUAAAGUCAAAAGUAAAGUUAUUUAAUACACAUAGUUUACAAGUGUGCACUCUUUGGAAUACCUCCGUAAUUCCGACAGCUUUAUAAAUUUGGCGCAUUUUUUUAAAUAUUACAAGUUUCAAAUAAACGAGCACAGUUUUUUUUAACAAUUAUUAUUAUUAUAUUAGUUUGAACAAUGUCAUCACAAUUUUAAGGUUUAAUUUUUUUUUGUGUUAACUGUAUCAUGUUUUUUUAUGUAUUUCUUGUGUAACAAGACAAUUGUGUUAAUUCAUGUUUGAAAAUGUCAUUGAACUCAGUUCUAUGAUGCGCAAAAAUGUGUUUAUUUUUUAAUUUAAUUUUUCUUGUAUAACAAGUCAAUUUAAGUUAUUACAAACAAUAAAUCUUUAAGCUAUUUAAGUGUGAACUAUGUUAAUGUCAUCACAAUAACACUUUAAUAUUUUAGCGCGUAAUAAGUUGGGUAAUAUAUAAUUAAAAAUGUAUGUUAUCCGUAAGUUCAUCAUUCGUCAACUAAAUCACUUACACUGUUCUAACUAAAGUACACUGAUUUACUGAAUUCCUCUUAGGAUCGAGAAAAGACCGUACAAAUCGUAAUAAGCCGGCAGCGCACUCGCGAGCGUGCUGUCCUAGUAAAAAAACAACGUUCUUUUAGUCGAAUUUGCGUAAAGACAAGUACUUUAUUAAAACAGUUUGAGUGAUUUUUUAAAAUAUAUUACGAUUUUAAUAACCACUUCAAGGUAUUAAAUCUCAAUAAAUUAUAAGUAUUUUAUCAAUGUUUUAAACAUAAAAGUAUUUAUUGUAUUGUUGAUUUGUAGAUGUGAAAAUUUUAAGUGUUUAUCUUCCAUAGAUUUAGCAAUGUAGCACACCCAGUAUUUAAACUUUCUAUCGAGGUUAUUAGGACUUAAAUCUAUAUAGCUCUACCGGUCGACCGUUCAAUUCUGAAUAUCCUUAAAUAUAAUAUAUAUAUUUAACAUUUGGAACGAUUAUAUAAUACUUCCAAAUAUUCGGUAGACAUAUUCAAAAUACAUUAAGGUAAAAGAGCCGUCGAUAUUUCUUUAUACCAGUCGUAUCACGUUAUGACUGGUAUUUUGAUUUUAACAGAAUAUACGCACAAAGAAUCGCUCUAUUUUUAAUGUACAAUUCGAUUUAGUUAGAGGCGGAUCUUUUUCUUCGGAUAUGAAAUGAAACUCGGGUCUUGCCUUAGCUUCCUCUUCAUACUACAUUAUAGAUUUAAGUCAUAAUUUAAGAUUCAGAGACAAGUUUUAGCGUUAACUGCCUGUAUCAAAAUAUAUUAACUGAUGGGUAAAUUAUUUUGUACAUAAAACUGUCUCUGGUUCUUCAUCCUCAAUAUAGGUUAGCUGACAUUUUUUAUAUCCUCGAAGGUGUAUCUUAGUUUAGUGCGUAAUAAAUGAUUGAAGAA